AUGGACCUGGCGCUCACCGGCGCAGCACACUGCGCCCUCCCGUCCUGCAACGAGCUCGACCUUCUCCCCAUCCGCUGCAUCUGCGGCACCCAGUACUGCAGAAAACACUUCACCAGGGACGCCCACGCCUGCCCCGUCGACCCUGCCGCCCUCAGAUCCACCGCUGCUGCCGCUUUCGCCCCGCUCCUCCGAUGCGCACUCACCACCUGCUCGAAGCCCAGUCUUGAGGCUUACACCUCCUCGAGCACCGCAGACGACCCAGAGCGAAUAUCUGCGCGAUGCCCCCGCUGUCAUCUCGCGUACUGCGCUACCCAUCGCACCCCCGUCUCCCAUUCUUGCCCUAUCCCAGAACCCGCCCCGGCGCCGAAGGACCCAUCCGCCCACGCUCUCCUUGCUAAAUACUUUCCUUCCGCCUCCACCUCGACCGUCACCUCCAAACCUACCCCUCCCCCGCGCCAACGCAGCAUCCCCACAGAUCCCAAGAAACUAGCCCAGCUCCAAAAGCUCGAGCUCAUGAAGAUGCGCCACCGUGCGGUCCCCGGCGAUCCCAAAGACAGCACACGCACCGCGGUCCCCGUCGACCAGCGGCUGCACGUCAAACUCAGCCCGCAUGCCGCCGAAUCAUCGCCUCCUGGUCUUGGAACCAGCACGAAGCCAGAGUCUGUGUUUUGGUUCCGCAAGACGACAGGCACAGGCCGCGCGCUCGACCUCCUCGCGGACCACCUCCACACCUCCGCCCCCGCCGGCCAUUUUCUCCAGCUCGCGAAGAUCUCCCCAACAGAGGAGGCCACUGUCCUGCGCACUGACCAGCCGUUGGUCGACCAAGUUGAAGACGGCGCGCUCCUCUCGAUCUCUACUAUCCCCGUUGACGCCUCUGGGGUCCCUGUAUGA